UUACUCUUAUCUCAGGAAGACAUCAUAUCCGGCGCGUCUAUAAGGUACAUUUGUUACUCACUUCCCUGAUGUAACUCAAACGGGAUGUUAUGAAAAUGACGCAGGUCCCAAAACACAGAUAAGAAUAUUUUUACUCUGUAUACAGAAAGACACUCAGAGUUUCCUAUUUCAAUCGCGGGGAAGUACCAUAUUCAGCAUGCCUAAGUACUUUUGUUGUUCAUUUCUUUGACGUAACUCAAACGGGACUAUACGCACGUCACUGUGACGCACAGACGAGACUAUUUCGUCGGACACGUGCAAUUAUGCCGUCGCCUUCUGAUGGGAUUUUUCCGAUCAAGAGAAGGUAAUAAUUACUGGAAGGUUUAAAAUUUUAAUAUUGUAUGCGUCGCUAUAUAUACAUAUAACCAGAAGGGCUCGAUUUUAGCAAAGUUUCAAGGCCGAGACUGAGAUUUUCGUACAGCAUCGACGAUCUUCCCCGGUUAGACAAAGACGUCAGUUUUUGUUGGAGCUGUAAACUCAAAUAUGCAAGGAAUCAAGUCGUACAGGUUGGACUGAAGCAGAACCUAAGUUGCAGACCAAAUUUUCCAAUUUUCCGUAAUCUCAAAUGAAAAAAAAUUGCCUUGCAAAGCAGGUCAGAUUAGGAUAUCAGCAUGUAACAAACCAUUGCGUGCUAUGACAAAAUAAACCUGAAAUGUCAGUAGAGUGAGUCGAAUUACUUCCAACUGUGUAACAGCACGCGUUGUCUUCCAAAAUCUGGAUCAAUAAAAGAUUAUCAAUCGCCUAAAAUGGAUAUCAACCAGCAGUUAUAUCAUCGUUGUUGACCUUUGAUCAACUAUGAUGAUCUGACGGUCUCUGGAUAGUUAAAAAUACUCGUCCAUUAAAUAAGACAGCUUGACCCAGUAUGUCACGAUGUUUUUCCAUGAAAACUUUUUAACAUUUUGUAUAUAUUUUGUGCCUUUCCACAAAAAGAAGAUAUCUAAAAUUGGGAAAGAAAAUCAAGCGAAUUCCCCUAUUUCUCCCUCAGGGAAAAACCUUGCUCGUCGUUUCUAAGAACUUUUGGUAUUCAUUUCCUUGGGGUAGCUCAAUCUUGAUGUCACGAAAGUGACGCAGAUAACAACGCACACCGUGAAUAGCAUCUCCGCUGGUAUGUAAACUGUGAUGCAAAGAGCUUCACUUGAAAUACCUAAGGGAACUGUGUGAGCAGGUAAUAAUUACCGAAGAAGUUAAGAUAUGGUAGAUGUAUACGGUAUAUCAUUCCACAGUUCACAAAAGAGGCAUGACUUUAACAGAUUGCAGGUUUAAACAGUUCCUUUUUUUUAGCACUCAAAAUUUGAUCCGGCCAUAUUAGGCCUUGAAUUCUUACCGAAGCAGUUUAAACUGACCUUAUCCCGUGGGCAAAACUCUCUCGGUUUCCGCAAUCUCAAUUGACAAAAAGAUGCUGUGCGAAGCAGGUCACGCUGUGAUAAUUAAAACAUACUAUUAACAACUAAUCCGACCUGACAUGUCACCAGAGCGAAGAUGAAUUACGUAGAUGUGCGUAGUAACAUGCACGUAAGGAUAAUCAGUUCCCUCAAUUUGAUACAAAUGAGCGGUAAUACCAUGAUUGUUAGUAAAAUAUUCUUUCAGUGCCCUUAAUUACAUAUGUUUUCCCACUUAAGCUAAAUUUGCUGAUACAUCGUUUCGUGCAACAUGCACGUACUGUCAUUGCGUGAGCGCUUGAAAUAUCUUGACCUUUCCGAUUCCAAUGUACUGAUACGUCAUUUGUAACGAUUACACAAGCGAAGUCAUUUGUUGAACGAGUAUGGACCUUCAGCAAAAUUUCUAAACAAGAAUCUCUUAUCAGAUAAGCAGAAUAAAAGCGUUUCUGAGGUAUACCAUGGUUGUCAUAGUCGACGGAAAGUUAGAAACAAAAUUCGUCGACGGACUUGAUAAGAGGCCCAAAUGCCCGAUCUGCAAAAGCAUUUCCGAUGAGCCCUAGCGGACAUCGCUUUUGCAGAAACUGUCUGGAACUCCUUUCUGGAAAAGCAGGAUAAAGGCCUUUCUGAGGUAAAACAUGGUUGUCAAAGUCGACGGAAAGUUAGAAACAAAAUUCGUCGACGGACUAGAUGAGAGGCUCCAAUGCCCGAUCUGCAGAAGCAUUUUCGAUGAGCCCUGGCAAACGUCAUGUGGACAUCGCUUUUGUGGAAACUGUCUGGAACUCCUUUUGGGAUCAGAAAACGCAAGAUGUCCGAUAGACAACGAGCCACUUUCAAGGGAGCAAUCUUUCAGGGAUAAAUGCUGUGAAAGAGAAGUUCUUGGUGUGCAGUGUUUCUGCCGAUUUAAUGACAAAGGAUGUGAAUGGAAAGGAGAGCUCAGACAACUGGAGUUACACAAUUUUAGCUGUCAGUACGGUGAUGUGAAAUGUCAAGCCUGUGAUGAAACUGUGGAGAGAAGAUACCUCAAUAUGCACAGGAAUCGUGAUUGUAUCAACAGGGAUGAGGCAUGUACUUACUGUGGUGGUGAAGUUCGGCAUAGCAAAAUGAAGGAACAUUUGAAUGUCUGCCUUAAGUUUCCAAUCGGCUGCAUCUUAAACUGUGGUGAAGAAUGUAUUCCAAGAGACAUGAUGGAGGAACACUUGACCGCACGUUGUCUUAAGGCAGAACAUAUGUGUCCUUUCAGUGUUCAUGGUUGUGCAUUUCAGGGCACUAAACAAAUAAUCGAUCAACACGUUGCCGACGGUAUUGAGUCUCACUUGGAAAUGAUGAACCUCUCCAGUCAUAAAUGUGCCGAGAUAACAAAACAAAUGGAAGAGAAGAUAUGUCGUCUAGAAAAAGAAAAAAGUGCUUUGGAAAAGCAACUUCAAAAUCAAGCAGAACAGGCAGCAGCUGCAAGACAAAACAUACAAACGCAACAGACAAAAUUGUCCCACGUAGAAAAUUCCAUUCUCGAACUAAAGAGGACAGCUGAGAAACUGCUUGCUGAUUUGAGAGUUUUUGAGGCAUCUAGAACAAUAGAGGGUUUUGUCUCGUCUCAGAUGGAAGAAAUAAUGAAAACGCUGCGAGAGCAUGAGAAGGAGGUGAACAGUCUUCAGGGUGAAGUGGCCCGUUUGAAGUUAUCCCCCGCCACGCCGAAAGGUGCGAGUGAUUACCAACCAAACCAAGGUGUGGGUCUCGCAAGUGAGUAUGAGCGCCGACUAGACAGGAAUGAGCACCAACUGGCAUUACACGACAUUCAACUGUCCGAUCAAGAUAUGCAGAUUCAAAUGCUGGAAGCUACGUCGUAUAAUGGUACCUACAUAUGGAAAAUCGACCGCUACAGCCUUCGCUUCCAAGAGGCUGUUGCUGGAAAGACUCUAUCUAUUUACAGUCCUCCUUUCUAUGUAGGUCGAUUUGGGUAUAAAGUUUGUGCUCGUCUUUACCCCAAUGGAGACGGAAUUGGAAACGGAACGCAUAUGUCAAUAUUCUUUGUUGUCAUGAGGGGUGAAUACGAUGCUUUAUUACCUUGGCCGUUUCUCCAAAAAGUCCACUUUCGACUAAUAGACCAAGACAGGAUCCGGGACGUAAAUGAUGCGUUUCGCCCUGAGCCUAACAGCUCAAGCUUUAAAAGACCCACAUCAGACAUGAACAUAGCAUCUGGCUGCCCGACUUUCAUUUCUCAUAUGGAACUGAGACAAGGUGGCUAUAUCCGGAACGAUACUAUGUAUAUGAAAAUAAAAGUUGAUACCUGUGGUCUGCGAGGAGAUGCGUGGCAAUAAGAUGUCUGCCUGAUGUAGCAUUCCAUUUCUACUAGAGAGUCUGGACUAAGCAAAAUCCCGGAAAAUUAUUAUUUGAAUUGUGAGGAGGGUGUUUCCACAAUAACCAACCUAUUUACGUCGUAAGUUUGAUUAAGUUCUCUAAAUCUUGUGCAAGGUUUGCACUACGUGGUUUGUUGCUUUUCGACUCUUCUUAGAAUUUUGUUCUCUCAACUCUCAGAUACCAGGCUCACGUGACAUCUAUUAUGUAUUUUGGUAUGUUUUAGUUGACCAUCACAUAACUUUGCCUUUUAAAAGGUAAGGAAAGUACAUUUCAGCUUCAAGUUGGAAACUUUCGGUACGUUCGACGACGAAUGCAAAAUGUUCAAAUAUAGGAUAUUUAUUUUUAAUGGUUUCUAACAUAUUUAGCAUCUUGUAACUCUUUUACAAACCUAACUUUUAAAAUAAGGAUGUUUAGUUCAUUGUUGAACGUGUGGUUGAAAACUUUAAUUUAGUUCAAUGAACGAAUAAGCAUAGCUCAGGCAAGUCCAAAAAUAGCUAGAAAAAAUAAGAUAUUUAAAAAUGAAUUCCUAAGACACAAGACAGUGUAUUAAAAUACAGAAACAAAAUUGAAAAAAACAGAGUAAAUUAUUUUUACCUUGAAAUAUUUAAAACAUUAUUGAUCGCGACAGAAGCCAAAAUGACAUAUUUUCGAAUGGGGAAAUGAGGGAUUAUCCAAUUUCAAACCAUUUGCAUCGACGAAGAAGGUCGAAAUUUCAGAAAGAAUACAUAAUGUAGAGAUAUAAAAGCUUGCUCUUUUUAGGAAAAAAAUAUUUUAAUUAAGACAUCAAAUUGGUCUCAAAAAAAUAAUUUUUUAACUUUGAACAACAUAUGUUAAUGUAGCUCUGGCAGAAGCAAAUAUAGCAUUAUUUAUAAAUUCAUAUGGGAUGCUGGUGAUAAGUGCUGAAAUACAAAUAAAUCAUUUUUGGAGAACUUUAUGUUUUCAUUUUAGGCUGUUCCAUUCACUUUCCCAUGACAUUUUUAAUUAGAGUACCUCUCUGACCCGAAAGAAACACCCAAUACUUACUUUCAACAAAGUUGAUCCGGUUUUUCUGAAACUCACGAAUUUUUUCUAAGGCAUUAAAAGUUGAUGUAAAUA